AAAUGGGCUUGUAUGAAAAAGUUUUCAGGUGACGAGGAGCCGAUAAGGGAAAGUUUCUACCUAGUAACAAGAAGAUAUUGGAAUGCAGAGCCACCUGGUGCCAACACUGUUAAUUUAACGCUGCCGGUCUACCGAAUACUGCUAUCGCAAACCAACACCCCUAUCUGUGAGACUGAUUCAGACUGCGUGAAACAGGUUCAAGAUUUACAAAAGAAGCACAAGUACACCUUGCACAGAUCUGAUAUUUUGUACAACUUUCUAGUCGGCGGUGACGGUAGGAUAUAUGAAGGAAGAGGAUGGCAGUAUAAAGCAGAUUGGCGGGGCGUUGAUGCAGUUGUUUUACGAAUAGCACUGUUAGGCCGCUACGAAGACGAACCACCUAGGCCAUCUCAAGUGGACGCACUGCUAGCUUUCCUCGAUAUAUCUGUGAUGAAGAAUAGGAUAACGCCAUGUGUCAUGGUCAUUGUCGACCAUACAGAUAACAGAUAUUUCUUGGACACUGCCUUCAAACUCGAAAAAUUCAUCAGAGAUCAAAAUAAAUGUUGAAUCUGUUACCAAGUUACCAUACCUGUUCUAUAGAGCUGUGACUACCAAUAAUUUUUAAUAUUGUAAUAUAUCUUGUAUAAAAUCAUCUAUAUUAAAAUAAUUAUG